AUGAAUAGUUUAAUAAGAUCAACAACAUCAUUGUUUAGUAGAUGUAAUGGUGGUGUAAUUGGUGGUUUGGUUAGAAACAUCACUGAUUUGAAGAAGAAUUCACCACGUGUCAAGAAAUCGAUUUGCAUCUUAUCGAACGGUGCUACCAUCCCAAUAUAUACAUCAUUACCAUACGCACCAGUUUGGAGAUCAACUAUCGAUAUCUUUUCAACCGUUCCAGAUUAUCAUUUCGACAGCAUCAAAGACAUCAAACAAAAACGUAGAAAGCACCAAACCAGCAAAUAUAGUGAAUUCAAAAAGAAGAGAUAA